UCGAAGUGCUCCCAAGUGCAAUUCUCACCCGCUUAGCAAGUCGCCACGUUUUAUUUUGAGUCACCAUACUUGGUCGUGUAACUACUCGUGUAGGCCUAACUGUACGGAUGAGGAAAACGUGGAGGUGUUUGGUCGCUUCUAACUUCAUCUCCUAAUGAGUGAACUGGGCUGGCUAAGUGCUAGCAAAGAUCGAAGCGCCGCGCGCAAGAGCCAUUGACUGCAUGCAUUAAAACGCGAGAGUGAUGGCGUGUGUGUGUGACUCUUCAUCCAAGUCCCUGGUGUUGGUUAUGGUUCUGCUUCUCCAGUGCAGCACCAUAUCCAGUUCAGGGUUGUUUCAGGUUAUUGGUUCAGACCAGCCUCUUUAUGCUGUGUCAGGUGAAGACCUGGUUCUUCCCUGCUCAAUAAAGCCGAAUCUCAGUAUUGAGGGGAUGACUGUGGAAUGGGUCAGGCUGAAUCAACAGCCGUCCUUGGUGCACCUUUAUAAAGAUGGCAAGGACCAACAUCCAAGCAGACAGAUCCAGUCUUACUUUAACAGGACAAGCUUGUUCAAAGAUGACCUGAAAAUGGGCAACGCUUCAUUAAAACUCCGCAGUGUCCAGAUGUCUGACGAGGGAGACUAUAAAUGCUUCAUCCAGGCUGGACCAGACUAUGAUGAUGCCCUCAUUCAAGUCAUUGUUCGAGAUGAUGUAUAUACUCAACACUGGAAAAUCCCUGUUGCAUUUGUAUUGUCUGUCAUCAUCAUUUCAUUAAUUGUGGGAAUUGUGGUAAUUUUCUACAAAGUGAGGAAGAGGAGGAGGCUAUGGAAGCAAGUAAAAACUAAAGACGAAACAGACAAUUUUCAUCUGGAGAAAUACCCAGACCAAGGGCUUAAAAAAAUGCUUCCUGUAGUUAAAGCGUCCAAGAGAGUUUGGCUAAAUCAGUGUCACCUUUCUGAGGCAAGCUGUGAAAUGAUUGCAUCAGUACUGCAAAGGUCAACUACUCUUGAUGAACUGGACAUGAGCAAGAGCAAAGUGGAUAAUAAAGGACUAGAGAAGCUCUUUGAGGGACUAAGAAAUCCAAAUUGCCAGCUAAAGACACUGAGACUUGCAGCUUGCAACCUCUCAGCGAUGUUCUCUGGAAUUGUGGCACCUGUUCUGCAGUCACCAAACUCACUGAAAAAGCUGGACCUGAGUGAAAAUAACCUUGGAGAUGCUGGUGUCCAGUUGCUAUCUGAAUGUUUGUCUAGUCCCCACUGUAAACUGUGGCUAUUAAGGCUAAAUCAGUGUCACCUCUCUAAAGCAAGCUGUGUAAUGAUUGCAUCAGUUCUACAAAGGAGAACUACUCUGAGAGAACUGGACAUGAGUGAUAACAAACUGGAGGAUGAAGGACUGCAGGAACUCUGUGUGGGACUAAGAGAUCCAACAUGCCAACUGGAGACACUGAGACUUGCUACCUGCAACCUCUCAGAGAAGUCCUGUGGAACUGUAGCUGCUGUUCUACAGUCACCAAACUCCCUGGUAGAACUGGACCUUAGUUUCAAUGACCUGAGAGAUUCUGGAGUUCAGCUUCUCUCUGAGGGACUGUGUAAUCCCCACAGCAAACUGCAGACAUUAAGGCUCUGUAAUUGUGGAAUCUCAGACGAAGGUCAUGUUUGUCUGGCUCUGACUCUGAUGUUAAAUCCCUCCUGUGUGAAAGAGCUGGAUGUGAGCAACAAUCAUCCUGGAGAAUCAGCACAGAAGCUGUUAUCUGCCACACUGGAGGAUCCUCAUCGUAAAGUUGAAACAAUUCAGCUAAAUCAGUGUCACCUCUCCAAAGCAAGCUGUAAAAUGAUUGCAUCAGUACUGCAAAGGACAACUACUCUGAGAAAACUGGACAUGAGUGAUAAGCUGGAGGAUGAAGAACUGCUGGAGCUCUGUGUGGGACUAAGAGAUUCAAAAUGCCAGCUGGAGACACUGAGACUUGCUGACUGCAACCUUUUAGACCUGUCCUGUGGAAUUGUGGCUACUGUUCUACAGUCACCAAACUCCCUGAUAGAGCUGGACCUGAGUCACAAUGACCUGAGCGAUUGUGGUGUUCUAUUCCUCUCUAAGGGUCUGUCUAGUCCUCACAGCAAACUGCAGACAUUAAGGCUCUGUAAUUGUUGUAUAUCAAAUGGAGGUUAUGUUUAUCUGGCUCUGGCUCUGAUGUUAAACCCCUCCUGUGUGAAAGAGCUGGAUGUGAGAAACAAUAUUGCUGGAGAAUCAGCACAGAAUCUGUUAUCUGCUACACUGGAGGAUCCUCAUCGUAACGUUGAAACACUUCAGCUAAAUCAGUGUCACCUCUCUAAAGCAAGCUGUGAAAUGAUUGCAUCAGUACUGCAAAGGACAUCUACUCUGAGAGAACUGGACAUGAGUAACAACAACCUGGAGGAUGAAGGACUACAGGAUCUCUGUGUGGGACUAAUAGACCCAGAAUGCCAGCUGGAGACACUGAGACUUGCUGGCUGCAACCUUUCAGACUGGUCCUGUAAUACCGUGGCUACUCUUCUAAAGUCACCAAACUCCCUGAUAGAACUGGACCUGAGUCACAAUGACCUAGGAAGUCGUGGUAUUCCAUUUCUCGCUUUGGGUCUGGGUAGUCCCCACAGCAAACUGCAGACAUUAAGGCUAAAUCAGUGCCUCUCUAAAGUAAGCUGUGAAAUGAUUACAGCAUUACUGCAAAGAACAAUUACUCUGAGAGAACUGGACAUGAGUAAUAACAAACUGGAGGGUGAAGUACUACAGAAGCUGUCUGUGACACUAAGAGACCCACAAUGCCAGCUGGAGACCCUGAGACUUGCUAACUGCAACCUCUCAGACUGGUCCUGUGGAAUUGUGGCUGCUGUUCUACAGUCACCAAACACCCUGAUAGAGCUGGACCUAAGUGACAAUGACCUGGGAGAUGGUGGCGUGACAUUUCUCUCUAAGGGUCUGUGUAGUCCCAACAACAAACUGCAGACAUUAAGGCUCUGUAAGUGUGGUAUCUCAGAUGAUGGUUAUGUUUGUCUGGCUCUGGCUCUGAUGUUAAAUCCCUCCUGUGUGAAAGAGCUGGAUAUAAAUAACAAUAAUCCUGGAGAAUCAGCACAGAAGCUGUUAUCUGCUACACUGGAAGAUCCUCACCAUGAAGUUGAAGCAAUCCAGCUAAAUCAGUGUCACCUCUCUAAAGCAAGCUGUAAAUUUAUUGCAUCGGUAUUGCAAAAGACAACUACUCUGAAAGAACUUUACAUGAAUGGUAGCAAACUGGAGGAUGAAGGACUAAAGCAGCUCUGUGUGGGACUAAGAGACCCAAAAUGCCAGCUGGAGACACUGAGACUUGCUGACAGCAACCUCUCGGAGCGGUCCUGUAGCAUUCUGGCUGAUGUUCUACAGUCACCAAACUCCCUGAUAGAGCUGGACCUGAGUCACAAUGACUUGAAAGGUUGUGGUGUUCCAUUUCUCUCUAAGGGUCUAUGUAGUCCUCACAGCAAACUGCAGACAUUAAGGCUCUGUGAUUGUGGUAUCUCAGAUGAUGGUUAUGUUUGUCUGGCUCUGGCUCUGAUGUUAAACCCCUCCUGUGUGAAAGAGCUGGAUAUGAGCAACAAUAAUCCUGGAGAAUCAGCACAGAAGCUGUUAUCUGCUACACUGAAGGAUCCUCACCGUAAAAUUGAAGCACUUCAGCUAAAUCUGUUUCAGCUCUCUAAAGCAAGCUGUGUAAUGAUUGCAUCAGUAUUGCAAACAAUAACUACUCUGAAAGAACUGGACAUGAGCAAUAACAAACUGGAGGAUGAAGGACUGCUGGAGAUCUCUGUGGGACUGUUGGAAGACCCAAAGUGCCAACUCGAAACACUGAGACUUGCUGACUGCAACCUCUCAGACUGGCCCUGUGAAAUUGUUGCUGAUAUUCUACAGUCACCAAACUCCCUGAUAGAGCUGGACCUGAGUCACAAUGACUUAAAAGGUUGUGGUGUUCCAUUUCUCUCUAAGGGUCUGUGUAGUCCCCACAGCAAACUGCAGACAUUAAGGCUCUGUGAUUGUGGUAUCUCAGAUGACGGUUAUGUUUGUCUGGCUCUGGCUCUGAUGAUAAAUCCCUCCUGUGUGAAAGAGCUGGAUAUGAGCAACAAUAAUCCUGGAGAAUCAGCAUAUAAGUUGUUAUCUGCUACACUGGAGGAUCCUUACCGUAAAGUUGAAGCACUUCAGCUAAAUCAGUAUCACCUCUCUAAAACAAGCUGCAAAAUGUUUGCAUCACUACUGCAAAGGACAACUUCUCUUAAAGUAUUGGACAUGAGUAAUAACAAAGUGGAAGAUGAAGGACUGGGGGAGCUCUCUGUUGGACUACAAGACCCAAAUUGCCAGCUGGAGACCCUGAGGCUAAAACAAUGUCACCUCUCUAAAGCAAUCUGUGCAAUGUUUGCAUCAGUACUGCAAAGGACAACUACUCUGAGAGAACUGGACAUGAGUAACAACAACCUGGAUGAUGAAGGACUGCAGGAUCUCUCUGUGGGACUAACAGGCUCCACAUGUCAGCUGGAGACACUGAGACUUGCUGACUGCAACCUCUCAGAAUGGUCCUGUAGCACUCUGGCUGAUGUACUACAGUCACCAAACUCCCUGAUAGAGCUGGACCUGAGUCACAAUGACUUGAAAGGUUGUGGUGUUCCAUUUCUCUCUAAGGGUCUAUGUAGUCCUCACAGCAAACUGCAGACACUAAGGCUCUGUAAGUGUGGUAUCUCAGAUGAUGGUUAUGUUUGUCUGGCUCUGGCUCUGAUGUUAAAUCCCACCUGUGUGAAAGAGCUGGAUAUGAGCAACAAUAAUCCUGGAGAAUCAGCACAGAAGCUGUUAUCUGAUACACUGGAGGAUCCUCACUGUAAAGUUGAAGCACUUCAGCUAAAUCAGUGUCACCUCUCUAAAGCAAGCUGUGUAAUGAUUGCAUCAGUACUGCAAAGGACAACUACUCUGAGAGAACUGGACAUGAGUGAUAACAAACUAGGGGAUGAAGGACUGCAGGAGCUCUGCUUGGGACUAAGAGACCCAAAAUGCCAGCUGGAGACACUGAGGCUCAGUAAUUGUGGUAUCUCAGAUGAAGGUUAUGUUUGUCUGGCUCUCACACUGAUGUUAAACCCCUCCUGCAUGGAAGAGCUGGAUGUGAGCAACAAUCAUCCUGGAGAAUCAGCACAGAAGCUGUUAUCUGCCACACUGGAGGAUCCUCACCGCAAAGUUGAAGCACUUCAAUUUGCUGACUAUAAACUCACAUUUAAGUCCUGUGAGAUUGUGGCUUCAGUUCUACGGUCACCAAACUCCCUGCUAGAGCUGGACCUGAGUAAUAAUGACCUGGGGGAUUCAGGAGUUGAGCUUUUCUCUAAGGGAUUGUCCAGUUCCAAUUGCAAACUGCAGACAUUAAGGCUUGCUGAUUGUCUCAUCUCUAAGAAGGGUUGUGGUUAUCUGGCUUCAGCUCUGACUUCAAACCCUUACCAUCUAAAAGAGUUGGAUGUGAGCUACAAUUAUCCUGGAGAAUCAGGACAAGGGAAGUUAUCUGCUAGACAGAAGGAUCCUGACUCUAAAUUGAAGAUACUUAAAACUGACCCUGCUUCUGUAAGCAAAGCAAGACCACGUUUGCUGAGAUAUGCCUGUGAACUCACACUGGACCCAAACAUAGCACAUAUGAAUCUCUCUCUCACUGAGGGGAACAGAAAGGUGACAUGGGCAAAAGAGAACCAGCAGUAUCCUGAACACCCAGAGAGAUUUGACGGCUGGCCUCAGGUGUUGUGUACAGAGAGUCUGUCUAGACAUUGCUACUGGGAGGUGGAGUGGAGUGGGAGUAAGGUUGUUGUAGCUGUGGCCUAUAAAAGCAUCAAGAGGAAAGGGAAUGGUAUUGACUGCAGACUGGGAUAUAAUUCCAAGUCCUGGAGUCUGGAGUGCUUUCCUGACAGUUACUCUGCCUCACACAUUAAUAAACACACUGCCAUACCUGCCCCCUCCUCUGGCUCCAGAAGAGUAGGAGUUUACUUGGACUGGCCGGCCGGCACUUUGUCCUUCUACAGCGUCUCCUCUCACACACUCACCCACCUGCAUACUUUCCGCUCCACAUUCACUGAGCCCCUCUAUCCAGGAUUCCUGGUUACUUCUCCUCGCUCCUCAGUGUCUCUGUGCCAGAUCACUUGAGUUCCUUCUCUAACAGGUUGUCACCUGUUCAUACAGCAGGCCCUUGUUUGGCUUGGAUCUGGUACUGAUCCACUUUCAGAUUUGUGUAUGACUAUUGUGAGUCUCAGACCUCCACUAUGAUCCCUUUGUCCCUUUCCACACUCUUUCUUAAUUUCUGUUUUUGUCUGUUUUGAUGCUUGAGGGACAAAGUAGGUCCCAGGGUUUCAAAAUGGUUCACAUGUUAUCUGAAAAACAGAAUGUUUUCAGUCAACCUAGCUGUGGUUUGGUUUCCCAGUGCUGUUGGCUGAAAGAGAUUGUUCUGACUUCAAAAUAUGUGCAUCCAGAGAGCUCCACAGAAAUGACAGCUGCUGAUCUACGCGUAUGGCUUUCCAGUGACUGAUUUCAUAUUUGUGCAUCCAGAGCCAUAAUUGAACCACUCUACAUUGCUUAUGCCAUAUUGCUUAUGAACUUAUUUUUUGGUUAUUUAUGUUUCUAUGGCUGUGUGAAGGGCUUUGGACUGUUGUCUAUACAUACAUUUACUUUAAUUUGAAUUCUAGUGUAAUUACUACAUCAUUGAUCGGCAUGUUGUCUUGAAGAGUGACAGUAAUGAUGUCAGUAUAACUUGGCAAAUGGCAAUUUCUUUGUCACACAGUUGUGUCUUAUUGUGUCCCGUAACCAUUAUACACAAUUGAAUGAAUGAAUUUCUUUUGUUUUCUGUUUUCAACUUUAAAUACAUAAAUGAGUUUAGGACAUGAUUGUAGUAGUGUGCCAAAGUAAUAAACUGCAUUAUAUGUAAGGGAUAAUGGUCGGCGAGGUGACCUGUUCGAUGGAAAUAGUGGCGGGGUGGGGGCUUAGAACUCUGCCGAGACAUUGGGUGUUUCUCAAAGUCAAGGAUUGGUCAUUCCAAGCCACUUUUUCAAGGACAUUACAUCAUCAAAUCUCGUCAAGCACUGUUCCAAAGUCAAGGAUGCUUUAAAAUUUUAGCAAGUACUGAGUCCUUCGUUCUGAGAAUUUCGGAGGAUGCAUCGAUGGAUCCUCGGCGUGAAGAAAUAACCCACAAUCCUUUGCGUAUGGACAAUUAGAAAUUUUCUGAUGGUGUGAUUUAAAAAAAAAAGAGGAAGAGGGAGAUGGAAAGUAGAUGCAAAGAAGCAGUGCGUGUUAAUGUAGGCUAAAUACGAUUUCUCAAGUGUUUUGGUAAUGCCAUCGUAUAUUUGCUCAGACAUUUAUAUCAAGUUAUUGUGCAUAUUCAUGAUAAAUGCAUAGCCUAUGUCAAUGUGCAUGAAUAAGUUGUGAUAGACUUUUGUUAUUAAUGUAUCUCUGAACUUCGCCCAAUGCGAACUUUGUACAAGUUUAACAUUACCGUUGCCGUUGUCAAUUACCGGUAUAUCUUUCCAUUGACACUAACAUAAUUAUAAACUACGGAUUGUGAUAUGUGAAGACCAAGUCGAUUGUGGAAAUACUGUAGGCUACUCCAAAAAGUUUAUUUAGAGGAAAGUGCAGCUGCACAGUUGCCGGAACUCCUGUAAAAGCAGCACAAUUUCCACGGUUUAAAUGAAGCGUGCAGCUGGAACCGGCGUGCACUUCCACACUCGCUAGGCUGUUCUAUUGCAUGUGAUCUUGAUGGCUGGGGAGGGUACUGGGAAGGUGUGUAGCCUUGUCUCUCUAGCACCCGACUCGAAAGAAAGCAUUCUAUCAAGGAUGCGCUCUUGACUUUGAGAAAUACUCAUUAUUUCCAUCUUAAAGGUCACCUCGAAGGCCAUCAUUCUGCUUAUCUUCCGUUUGUAUUCAUCUCCAGUAUAUUUGGAAUGUAAUUUCAUUUUAUUCCACUGUUAUCACAUGUGUAGUGUUUUGCCUUGUGUUCUCCAUGGCAAAGCACAAACUGUUUUGACCAAAGAUUGUGUUGUUUGAAGGAAAGAUUAGCUUUUUUGCAUUGUUGUUACUUUUAGAGGCUAUUGCAAAUAAUAUGUGCUUCUGUUUAAGCUUGCAAAUGAUAUGUGUUUCUGUUUAGGCUUGAAUGUUUUGAAUAGUCUGGGAGACGUGGUGUCAACUUGUUUUUUCGUCUGAAUGUCUUUUUCUGAUUUAUCUUGUAGUGAUUUAAGAUAGUGGUGCCCCAGUAUAUGCCCUGGCCAAUUUCCAAUGUUAACAACCUUAAUGCCCUGUGAGCCAAAAUCAUGAAAAGUAUGAAACAUUUUUUAUUUCAACAGCUAGAUUUUUUUACAUAUCAGUUCAGCAAUAUUGUAUUUGGCAUUUGGCAUUUUGUCUAAACUGCCCCGUGUCUUAAUUUCAAGCUGAAUAUGGAUAUCAAAAGUUUCCAGUUUGUAAAAAAAAAUAAUAAAAAA